AUGGAGUUCUCUUUACUGUGUUUGUUGUGUGUAUUGACGCCAGUAAUGGCCUCGUUCCCUGGAGGCUUUGAGCUCUCAAAUUCUCUCCUCCUCUCGCGCGCAGAUAACCCCGUUAGCAAAGACGGCAACUGUGGCUCUAAUUCCGAUUUCAAUGCAACAUGCCUCACAUCCACUUUUGGUAACUGCUGUUCUGAAAAAGGGUUCUGCGGCAAGACUGUGGCAUACUGCGCCGAGGGCUGCCAAAGUGUGUUUGGUACCUGUGGAACAGGUAGUGGGCAGCUUGUUAGUACCUCAGGAUCUUGCGGUGCGACAUCCUCUAGCAACAUUACAUGUCAAGGAAGCGAGUUUGGAAACUGCUGCUCUGAGAAGGGCUACUGUGGCAAGACUUCGACGUAUUGUGGUGCUGGGUGCCAAAGCGGGUUCGGUACUUGUGAAUCCGAUGAUGAGUCCUCUUCGGUUACUACAGCCACUACAGCAACUCGUGAGACUUCAACCUCGAUAGCAGCAUCAGAAACGAGCCUUGGUGCUAUCUCUGUUGAUGGUAACUGCGGAUCCAAUUCAAACAUCAGCGCCAUCUGCGAAGGCAGCGAGUUUGGUGAUUGCUGUUCGGAAAAGGGAUACUGUGGCGGAAGCUCGAACUAUUGCGGAGCGGGCUGCCAAUCUGAAUUCGGUUCCUGCGAUUCGACAAGCUCAUCAGCAAGUCCAUCAUCUAGCUCAGACCCGACAAGCUCACCACUAAGCUCAGACUCGACAAGCUCGUCGACAGGUUCCCUCAGCACCGGUGCCACGGCUGGGAUCGCGAUCGGGUCUGUUAUUGGUGGCCUCGGAUUGAUAGGCCUUCUAGCCUGGUUUUUGAUACGGAGGAAGAACCGAAAGCCGAUAUCACCAGUGAUGGAAGUUGGUGAGGAGAAACCCGACAAUGCGCCGAGGUAUGAGCUGAAAGGGGAGAAUCAUGCUGAGUUAGAUGGAGGAGGGACUCCUGCUGAGUUGCCUGGUGAUUAUGAGAGUUACAGGAGAUAG